AUGACCCUUGUAAAAGCUCAACCUCCCCUUAAUAACGGGCAUGUCAAAAACGAGGCCAAAGCAUGGGCGCAAAACAAGCUUUCGCAAAUGACCCUCGAAGAAAAAGUCCUCUUGCUCACAGGCGAAGACCUAUGGAGGACCAACGCAAUUCCUCGACUUGGUGUUUCCAGAAUCAAGACUUCAGAUGGACCUGUAGGUGUCCGCGGGGGCAUUUUCACAGACGGCGUCAGCGCUGCUUCAGCACCUACCGGGUACUAUUUUUCUUCUGUCCACGCGGCGCUGCCAGAGCUAACAAGGGUUCUACCACAGGGUUUCCCUAGCGGCGACUUGGGACUUGAAUUUUGUAUUCCCCGAACACCACUCGGCGGCCGCAACUUCGAAGCCUACAGCGAAGAUCCCUACCUGACGGGCAAAAUCGCCGGUGAAUUCAUUAAUCGUCUCCAAGAUGCCGGUAUCGGUGCUUGUAUCAAGCAUCUUGCCGCGAAUGACCAAGAAACGCGACGCUUCUUUAUUGAUGAGAAGAUUCCGGACCGAGCGCUGCGAGAAAUCGCGCUGCAGCCGUUUCAGAUCGCCAUUCGGGACAGUAACCCUUGGACGGUGAUGACGGCUUAUAAUAAGAUCAACGGCACGUUUUGCUCAGCUCACGAGUUUUUGAUUCAGGAUGUUCUUCGUAAGGAAUGGGGUUGGGAUGGCCUUGUGAUGAGCGAUUGGUUUGGCACGAAUAGUGUUGUUCCAUCCGUCAAGGCAGGGCUUGAUCUUGAGAUGCCGGGCCCUGUGCGGCGCAGAGGCAAGCAUCUUAUCGAUGCGUACGAGAAAGGCCUCGUCGAUCUAUCCUUCAUCAAUGCCUCGGCUUCAAGAGUGCUCGAGCUUGUACAGAAGGUUGGAAAGAGUAGCAUUCCGGAUUGGAAGGAAGGCAAAGAGAAGGCAGAUGAUCUUCCUGAACACCGGGCGAUCUUUCGUCGAGCUGGCGCUGAAGGCAUUGUUUUACUAAAGAAUUCUGCCAAUCUUCUUCCUCUAUCUAAUUUGGACGGGAAGAGGAUCGCGAUUCUCGGUCCCAAUGCGCUUCGAUCCGUCGCUACAGGUGGAGGUAGCUCCAACCUUGCGCCUCACUAUCGCACGACGCCGUACCAAUCUAUCAAGCGUGAAAUAGCCGCCAAGUUUCCUACAGCGAAGAUUCAAGCCCACGCUGGUAUCCUCACUCAUCGGUAUAUCCCGCUCGUCGACCCAGCCGUCAUGACGAACCCAGAGACCGGAAAGCCUGGCUUUCAACUGUCCCUGUUUCGGAAUAUGAACCACUGUGGUGAGCCUUUCAUGGUCGAGCAUAGACCUAGUUCCAACUUGGUCUGCUACGAUGGACUUCCUCCGGAGUUGACGACUGGUGAGAGAUACUCGUACAAGGGACGGACUAUCCUCAAGCCAAAGACCAAUGGUCUUCAUGAGUUCUCACUUUCUUCGUGUGGUCCGGGAAAGCUGAUGCUUGAUGGAGAGGUCAUCAUCGAUAUCGAGCGCCACUGGUGGUCUCCCAAGUCUUCUCUGUUCAUGAGUUACGGUUCGCCCGAGGAGAGAGUCAAGGUGUACAUGGAAGCUGGGCGAGAGUACGAACUACUUCUUGAGUCUAUAAGCAGAGAGCCGAAGCCCUAUGAUCUCGAUUACAUGGCUGAGCUUGAGCGCGAGGAGGUCCAAGAUGGUGGUCGUAUUGGCUUCAUGGAGAACCCCGGUGAUCUCGACACGUUCUUCCGGGAGGCUGUUGAUAUAGCUCGUGAUAGCGAUAUUGCCAUUGUUGUGGUAGGUAAAGAUCACGAGUGGGAGACAGAAACCAGUGAUAUGGUUUCGAUGGACUUACCUGGACGAACAAACGAGUUCAUAAGCGCUGUAGCUGCAGUCAACUCCAACACUAUCGUGGUCAACCAGACAGGCAGUCCUAUCACCAUGCCCUGGAAGGGUGAGGUAUCAGCCAUCGUCCAGGCUUGGUAUCAGGGACAGGAGCAGGGUAACUGUCUUGCAGACGUGCUUUUGGGAGCAGUGAACCCCAGUGGAAAGCUACCCAUUACCUUCCCCAAGCGCAUCGAAGACACUCCACCGUACGAAAGUUACCCUGGUGAGAAUGAUGUGGUUUACUACGGGGAGGGUAUCUACGCAGGCUAUCGAUUCUACGACCAUCGUAAGAUCGAGCCUCUUUUUCCCUUUGGUGCCGGUUUGUCGUACACCACAUUUGAGUACAGUAACAUGCGCAUCAGCAGCAAUGAGUUCCAUGAAGAAGUGGGUAUUGAAGUUGAAGUGGAUGUCACCAACACUGGAUCGCGGGAUGGAAAGGAGAUCGUCCAAUUCUAUGUUGGGCAGAUUGAUCCGAGACUUCAUCGACCAGAGAGGGAGCUGAAAGGCUGGGACAAGGUGUUCGUUCCUGCUGGACAGACUGUCACUGCACGUAUGAAGAUUGACAAGGUCAGUCUAUCAUACUGGGAUGAUAGUGUCAACAAGUGGGUGAUUGAGAAGGACUCCGAGUAUCGCGUGACAGCUGCCAAGGACUCGAGGGAUGAGGGGUUGGCGGUAGCUUUCAGGUCGCCCAAGGAAUAUCACUGGGUCAACUAG